AUGGCCUGGCGUUUUAAAGCCUCUAAGUAUAAAAAUGCGGCACCCAUUGUGCCUAAGCCUGAAGCAUGUAUAAGAGAUAUAUGUGUUGGAUCAUAUCAGACAUAUGGAAACAAUAUAUGUGCAUCAGCUGCGUUUAUGGCAUUCAACUGGGAACAUGUUGGGUCGAGCAUGGCUGUUCUUCCACUUGAUGAUUGUGGCAGGAAAAGCAAGACAAUGCCAUUACUUCAUGCUCAUUCAGAUACAAUAACUGAUAUGGAGUUUUCUCCAUUCCAUGAUGGCUUAUUGUUAACAGGAUCUCAAGACUCUUUGGUUAAAGUCUGGCAUAUACCACCUGAAGGUCUUAAGGAGUCACUUUCGACACCUGAAUGCACUCUAUCACAGAAACAAAGAAGAGUUGAGAAUGUAGGUUUUCAUCCAGUUGCCGAUGGCUUGAUCCAUGUGGCUUCAGGACAUGAACUUGCUUUGUGGGAUCUGACUAAACAAAAAGAGGCAUUUGUUAACCGUGAUCACACAGAAGUAAUUCAAUCAACAUCUUGGAAGAAAGAUGGCAAGUUGGUAGCAACUUCAUGCAAGGAUAAGAAAGUCCGUAUAAUAGAUCCUCGAGUUGCCACUCCAAUCCUGGGUGUGGCCAACAGCCAUCAAAAUAUAAAGGAUAGUCGUUUGGUCUGGCUCGGGGAUACCGACAGGAUUCUUACUACUGGUUUUGAUUCAGCUCGUCUCCGUCAAAUCAUGAUACGUGAUAUUCGCAAUCUCUCCCAAACUCAGAAGACUUUAGAACUGGACUGUUCCACUGGAGUACUGAUGCCCUUGUUCGACGCUGAUACAAACAUGCUCUUCCUAGCUGGGAAGGGGGAUACAACGAUAUUGUAUAUGGAGUUGAGUGAUCGGGAACCUUAUUUAAUAGAAGGGCUAAGGCAUUCUGGCGAACAAACCAAAGGCGCGUGUCUCGUGCCAAAGCGGGCGCUGCGCGUGAUGGAGGGCGAAGUCAACCGCGUGCUGCAGCUGGCAGGCUCGUCCGUGGUGCCCAUCAUGUACCAAGUGCCUAGGAAGAGUUAUCGCGAAUACCAUGCAGAUUUAUACCCAGAGACGAGCGGCGCUGUGACGUACUUGAGCGCUCCCAUGUGGCUCGACAACCAGGACUGCCCCGUGCCCACCAUCUCCCUACACCCUGAUGCUAACAACUGCACUCAGACACACAGAGGAAAUCUGGAAGAUUUAGUCAAAGCGGUACUAGCGAUGCCCUCACCAAAGAAGACGGAUUCUAAGCCCAUUGUAACAAACAUUCAACAGACAGAAGAAACAGCGAAAGCAGCAUCCAAAUCGGCACCGCCAGAGCAAAAAGACGAAGACCGAAUAGAUUUUGUAAACGUAAAAGACUUGAUCAAAGGCAUGGAAAGACAAAAACCCGAGCCAAGAGAUUAUAACAAAGAAACGAAUGGUUUUCACAAGAAAAUAACCGAUAAUGGUCACGAUUGUGAUAAAAAAGACGACGAGACCGAAGAAAAGACGGAAAAGACUGAAAAGACCCUUGAGAAAACCGAAAGUUCUGAUUCGUCUGAGUCGUUAUCGAGAAGCAAUAGUUAUGUAAAUGGCGCUCCUGUCCAGGUACCGAAGCCCUUGCCCAGGUCUUCUAUAUCGGAAGCAGGGUCUUCUGAUGAGCAAAUUUCAGAGGCACCUAAACCUAAACCAAGAACAACAGCGGUACCAAUAUCUGGAUAUAAGCCGCGUUUGGGACCGAAACCAUUCUCAGCGACGACGGGGAGCGAAGAGUUCUCCUUCGACAAAGUGUUCUCAGUGCCCGCCGUGCCGGGACUUACUAAAUCUGAUUCAGGUUUGUCCCCUGUGGCGGCUCAAGCGCCUUCGCCCGUCGCCUCCACUCCCGUGGCCAAGGACGAGGAGAAGGAGAAGUCACUCUCCCCUACUAGUGAUGUUGAGGUCGCGCAUAGCAAAGAAGAGUACACAAAUGGCAAAUCGGAUACAAGUUUGGAAGAGGAGGUGAAUUCAUCGGACUCGGGGUACAGGCCGAAGACUCCCAGCACUGCGGAGAGGAGGAAGUUGUUUGAAGCUACAGAUUCCAGCGGCGGCAACCAGUCCAUAGCGGAGCGGCGCCGCGCGUACGAGUCGCGCUCCGUCAGCGUGGCCGCCGAGUCCGACGCGCCGCCCUCGCCCGCGCCCUUGAGGCGACGAGAUUCUUUAAAAUCCCGCAAAAGUCCAGAUCGUGAAGAAAAGAGAUCCUCUGUACCUAAUGUCACUACUAAAAGAACAUCGACAGUAUUUGGCAAAGUAUCGAAAUUCCGACACUUAAAGGGUACUCCGGGACAUAAAUCAACAUGUGUCGAGAAUAUAAAAAAUAUUAGUAGGCAGAUUUCUGGUGAAUGUAAUGGUUUUUAUGCGAACGGCGUGCGCUGCGCCGUGCCGGUGGGCGGCGGCGGCGGCGGGCGCGUGGGCGUGGUGGAGCUGCCGUCGGGCGCGUCACCGGCGGCGCGCGCGCCCCCGCACCACCCCGCCGCGCUGCACCCGCCCGCGCUGCUGCACCCCGCGCCGCUGCAGGACUGGACCUUCGACCCCUUCCGCGACGACCGCCUGCUGGUGGCCUGCGACGACGGACAAGUGCGCGAGUGGAUCAUACCCGAAGGAGGCCUCCAAGAAUCAACAAACGAACCGAACCGCACAUUCUCAGCGCACCCGGAUAAGAUAUACAUAAUACGAUUCCAUCCGACGGCCUCAGACAUACUGACCACCGCCGCCCACGACCUCACCAUAAAGAUAUGGGAUCUCAGCCAGGAAACCCCUACAGCGGAGAUCACCUUGACUGGUCACACUGACCAGAUAUUCGCAUUGGACUGGUCCCCUUGUGGCGAGUACUUGGCUACUGUGUGCAAGGACGGGUUUAUAAGAAUAUAUAACCCGCGCUCGUCUACGGAGCCGACCAGCCGCGGCGCCGGCCCCGUGGGCAGCCGCGGCGCGCGCGUGGUGUGGGCGCUGCACGACACUCAUCUUGUUGUUACAGGAUUUGAUAAGGUGUCGGAGCGCCAGAUUUUGCUAUACAAGACGAGUGACCUGUCGGCGCCGGUGUGCACCGUGGGGCUGGACGUGUCGCCCGCCAUCUUGCACACUCACCUCGACCACGACUCGAGCACGCUGUUCCUCACUGGACGGGGCGACUCGACAAUCUACUGCUACGAGGUGACGUGCGAGCCGCCGUACCUGUGCGCGCUGUCGCACCACCGCGCCGCCACGCUGCACCAGGGCAUCGCCUUCCUUCCCAAGAACCUGCUCGCUGUGGAAAAGGUGGAAUUCGCGCGAGCUUUGAGGUUAACAAAUGGUACUAUCGAGCCGUUAUCCUUUACUGUACCUAGAAUAAAGAGCGACUUCUUCCAAGACGACCUGUUCCCGCCGACGCUGGUGACGUGGCAGGCGUGGCAGCCGGCCGCCGCGUGGCUGCGCGCCGCGCCCGCGCCGCCGCGCCUCGCCUCGCUGCACCCGCCCGGCAUGCAGCCGCUGUCACAGCACACAGCACCGACUCCGGCAAAAGAGAAGCCCCCACAAAAGCCCAAACCAGAUUUAAUCAAGUCCCAUGUGCCAAUGGACCCGAAAGAGAAACAGGAUAGUAUAAUGAAAGCGAUGAGCGCCAAAGUGACAGUGAAUUUGAAACUAGAGCAGGACAGUAUGGAGGGCGUCGACGACGCGGAGUGGGAGCAG